CUCGCCUGCCUCCCCCCCCCUCCCCGGCUCGGGUCACAGCUCCACAGCGCAGCCGGGGAGGGGAGGAGCCCUCCAGCGCAGAACCGGGGCUCUCGGCUCGGCCCGCCCAGAGGGGCGUGGGAGGGCGGGGCGGCGGACUUCGGACUCCAGCCCCCACGCUCGGCUUUCCCUGCUUCCCUCCGCUCUCCCCGGCCAUCAGGGAGCCAUGUCUGCGCUGCUGGGGCUCCGGCCCGAGGUGCAGGACACCUGCACCUCGCUGGGGCUGAUGCUCUUGGUCGUGCUGCUCAUGGGGCUGGCCCGCGUGAUCUCCCGGAGACAGCGGCACAGGCCCACGGCCCACGCUUUCAUCCUGGAGUUUCUAGCCACCUUCCAGCUCUGCUGCUGCACCCACGAGCUUCAACUGCUGAGUGAGCAGGAACCCGCGCACCCCACCUGGACGCUGACCCUCAUCUACUUCUUUUCCUUGGUGCAUGGCCUGACCCUGGUGGGCACAGCUAGCAACCCGUGCGGCGUGAUGAUGCAGAUGAUUCUGGGGGGUAUGUCCCCGGAGUCGGGGGCCAUGAGGUUGUUGGCUCAGCUGGUUAGCGCCUUGUGCAGCAGGUACUGCGUUAGCGCCCUUUGGAGCCUGAGUCUGACCAAGUACCACUUCAACGAGAGGAGCUUAGCUUGCAAGAAUCCCAUCCACACGGACAUGUCCAAAGCGAUCAUCACAGAGGCCAUCUGCUCCUUCAUUUUCCACAGCGCUCUACUGCACUUCCAGGAGGUCCGAGCCAAGCUUCGCAUCCACCUGCUGGCUGCACUCAUCACCUUUUUGGCCUAUGCAGGAGGGAGCCUCACCGGAGCGCUGUUUAACCCGGCUCUGGCGCUGUCUCUGCACUUCCCCUGCUUUGAUGAAUCCUUCUACCAGUUCUUUGUAGUAUACUGGAUUGCUCCUUCUCUAGGUGUGCUGCUGAUGAUCCUGACGUUCAGCUUUUUCCUUCCGUGGCUGCACAACAACCAAACGACGAACAAAAAGGAGUAACGACGCCCAAAGACUCAGAGACUCAGUCACCAGACAGUCAGGGGGUCUGACCCAUGUGACCCCCUCUCAAACUCUGGCCGCACUGGACUUGCCGCUGUCUCAAUGUCCUCUGUGGACGGCGUCUUAAUGUUUUCACGACCUGCACUUAAAAUUACUGUGAAAACGAGGUAGCCUGUCUUCCCAACUAAGACCUGUCCUUCUGAGUGAUGUAUUAAAUGCUGCUAGAAAAGGC